GUGCUUCCACCGCGCAUGCGCCGCGGCCGGGUGGGCGGGGCGGGGCGGGCCACGCCCCGCUGGGUGACGUCAGCGGGAGCCGAGGCGGAAGUGGCCGCAGGGGGCCCCAGGGCUCCCACUUGCACCGCCAUGGACAUGGACGUGGCGCCGGGCUCGGUGGUGGAGCCGGGCUGGCUGCUCUCGCCCGAGGGCCGGCAGCACCGCGACGCCAUCCUGCGCAAGGGCCGCCGGCGCCUUUUCGGUCUGCUGGAGCGCCCGGCCCUGCCGCCGGCGCUGGCCGCGGCCCCGGCCGCCUACAAGCUCUUCGUCUCCGGCAAGAGCGGCGUGGGCAAGACGGCGCUGGUGGCAGCGCUGGCGGGCGCCGAGGGACCGGCCGGGCACCACGAGACGCUGGGCAUCCAGGCCACCACGGUGUACUGGCCGGCGAAGGUGCGCGACGCCGGGCGCCCGGUGCUCUUCCAGCUCGAUUUUUGGGAUUGCGGCGAAACGGCGCUGAAGAAAUUCGACCAUAUCCUGCCGGCCUGCAAGGAGGAGGCGGACGGCGUCCUCUUCCUCUUCUCCUUCACCGACCGCUGCUCCUUCGAGGACCUGCCGGGCCAGGUGGCCCGGGUGACGCGGCCGGAGGAGAACCUCGUCCGCGUGGUCGUCGGCACCAAGUUCGACCUGUCGCCGCAGGCGGACGUCACGGAGCGGGACGUGGCGGCCUUCGAGCGGGCCUGGCGGCUGCCGGUGCUGCGGGCCAGCGGCGCGCCGCGGGCACGGGGACGCCGGGGCCGCGGGGACGCCGGGGCCCGCGCCGAGCUGGCCCGGGUCGCCCCGCUGCUCGACGCGUUGGCCGAGCGCCUCUGGCGCCGCGACCAGCUGGCCGCCGGCCUCCUGCCCGCCGGCAGCCCCUCACCGCCGCCUCAGGCCUCUCCCACCCAAUAAACUGCUUUUCCCACCCA